UCGACAGUGACGAAUUGUCAUAAUUUUUUGGGCCUGUUUGGCUCCGAUUCGGGAGACGCAGCCACUGACUCGGAUGUUCCUGCAGGUCUACCUAACCUUGACACAAUUGUUUUGUUUCUUGCAACCUUUGGUUUGAGGCUGUACUUUUCUCUCUCUCCCUCGUUCUCCCCAUAUCGAUAUUUCUUUUCCUUAAUAUAACACUGCUGUUUAUACUUUUGGACACGGCCGGACGUACUUAGUCCGUCUCGAGGAAAGAUAGAGAGAGAGAGAGAGAGAGAGCCACCGGAGGACCCCGCCAUUUUUUGUUCGUUGCCUCUUCCCGCUGCCGGCAUCGCGGGCUCAGGCGCAUCGAAGAAAGCGAGCUUCUUGCGGCGCCGAGGUCGAGGGCGUGGCGUGUCAGCAUGACUGCUUCAAUCACACACGGGAACACGUCCAGCAAUGGAUGGGUCAUCCAAAAGUUCGGAGGCACAAGCGUAGGGAAGUUCCCCGACAAGAUCGCUGAGGAUAUUGUGCGAGCGAGCCUGGAUUGCAACAAGGUCGUCGUCGUCUGCUCAGCGCGGAGUACGGGCAAGAAGGUUACGGGUACCACAAGUCGACUCCUUGAGGUGUAUAACAGUUUACGAGGCAUCGCCGUGGCCACCACCAACGAAGCGACGCAGAACGAGCUUCUCGAGCAGGCCAAGAACCUGGUCCAGGACAUCUGCAACGACCAUGUUUUCGCCAUACAGUCCUUCGUGAAGAACCCGUGUCUGCAGAAGGAGGUCUCCGCAGACAUCGAGAAUGACUGCCAAGAGCUCGUCGACUACAUCAUUGCGGCUAAGCGCUUCAAUCUCGAGGUCAACGCCCGAUCCAAGGACAGGGUUGUCAGUUUCGGCGAGAAGCUGAGCUGCAGGUUUAUGACGUAUCUGCUGAAAGACAGGCAUGUCGACGCCGAGUACGUCGAUCUUUCGGAUAUCAUGCACUAUGAUAGCUCGGACCGCCUGUCCCUGGCUUUCUACCGCGACGCCGCUGCAAUAUUUCAAAAGAGGAUACAAGCCUGCGGUGAGAGGGUACCUGUGGUCACAGGCUUCUUUGGCAACAUCCCCGGGAGCCUCAUUGAUGGCGACAUCGGCCGAGGAUACACAGAUCUUUGCGCGGCACUUCUGGCCGUCGGCCUGAAGGCGGAUGAGUUGCAAGUAUGGAAAGAGGUAGAUGGUAUCUUCACCGCAGAUCCCACCAAGGUACCCACAGCACGACUACUGGGGUCCAUCACACCUUCAGAAGCCGCCGAGUUGACCUUUUACGGAUCUGAGGUUAUACAUCACUUGACCAUGGACCAGGUGAUCAAGGCCGAGCCACCGAUACCCAUCCGCAUCAAGAAUGUCAAGAACCCAAAGGGCAAUGGUACCAUCGUGGUGCCGGAUCCUGUGCAGUCGCCAACGCAGCAGAUCAAGCGCUCCAGACGCUCAGAUCCCGCCCUCAGAAAGACGCCAAGGAGACCUACAGCUGUCACCAUCAAGGACAACAUCGCCGUCAUCAACGUGCACUCGAACAAGCGGUCGAUAUCGCAUGGCUUCUUUGCAAGUGUUUUCGCCAUCCUCAACGGCCACUGUAUCAGCGUCGAUCUGAUCUCCACCUCCGAGGUACACGUGUCCAUGGCCAUCCACUCGGCCAACUCCAGCCCGUCAAAUUUCGAAAGUGCCAUCUCGGCGCUGGAGGAGUGUGGAGACGUGUCGACGUUGCACGACAUGGCAAUCCUGAGUUUGGUUGGUGCCGAGAUGAAGAACAUGAUCGGUAUUGCUGGGCGAAUGUUCUCUACGCUGGGAGAACACAACGUAAAUAUUGAGAUGAUCUCGCAAGGCGCAAGUGAGAUCAACAUUAGCUGUGUGAUUGAUGCUAGAGAGGCCACGAGAGCCAUGAACAUAUUGCAUACAAACCUGUUUACAUUUUUGGAAUAG